AAUGUUUGUGGUGUGUUGUCUGUCUCCGUGUCUCUUAACCAUGGCUGACGUUAGCAAUCAAUCCAAAGCCCAUCUGAUCUUCGCGUACGGCACGCUCAAGCGAGGCUUCCCCAACCACACCCUCAUGCAGUCCCUGAUUCACCAGAACGACGCCGUAUUCCUCGGCCCCUUCGUCACCUGCAUCUCCUACCCUCUCGUCGUCGGGCCCCACGGCAUCCCCUUCCUCAUCAACCUCCCCGGGUUGGGCAACCGUGUCACGGGCGAACUCUACUCCGUCUCGGCCCGCGGACUCUUCCUGGUUGACGACCUCGAGGGUACCAGCCUCGGCCACUACGAGCGGCUGCCCGUUAAGGUGAUUCCCUGCGAAAGCACCAACUCUGAUGCAGGUGACGUCAUUCAGGUGGAGGCCGAGGCGUACUACUCACACCGGAGCUUCGGGGAGGGUUUGUGGGAGAGGAAGGGCAGAGAGGGGUUGAGUGCGUACACAGAGAAAGAGGCGAGUGGGUACGUCAGAAGAGAGGAUAGGCCCAAAGAUAGGAGCUUUCGCAAUGAGGUGCAUUUCUUUGUAUCUGCUGCGAAAAAUUGAUCGAUCGGAGGAGGAAAUUCAUGCAACUCUCAAGGGAUCAAACCGGCCAGCGUCUGUUUCAUUACAUUUCUUCCACCAUCUGACCGUUUCUCCACCGGCUUCAGCUGGUUCCGAAUUCUGGAGGCCGGUUGGCGUCGGCGACGGUUGGUCCGGCCAGUUCUUGUACAGCCCUACCCAUGAGUCCCAUUAUCUCAUUUGGGCUUUAUAAUAGAGUUGCUAAAACAAACUCAUUACAUUAUGCCCAUGAAAGGUCUACACAAACCCUCAUGGGCUGACUUUCCAUGCACAUGCUAUUAUACACAAAAUAGUUACACAUGCUUUCCCUUC